AUGUCCAUCGCGCGCGCGAUUCAACACCUCGAUCGAUACGCUCAAAAAGAUCUUCGCGCGCUCACCGCGCGCGUGCUCGAACCCGCGCUGCGCGCGCUGCCCGAGGCAUUCGAAAACGACUCCGAGGACGCGCUCGCGCUUCGCGAGGCGUUCGACGCGAACGAACGCGAGUGCGCGCGCGUGAGCUCGAGCGCGAAGGAUGUCUUCGCGUUCGCGGCGUCGUCGGGCGCGAGCGGGGAGACGUUGGUGGCGAUGUUGAUCGAACGCGGGGCGAGCGCGGCGUUGGCGAGCGCGUGCGGCGGCGCGUGGGCGUCGAAGGGAGAAGAGGCGCUGAAGCGGGUGAAAUCGACCCCGUUCGGGGCGCCGAAAAUAAUGACGGACGUGCAGUGGGAGCUGAGUCUGCCGCUCACGGGAUCGGAGCAAGAGUUAUUAGGGAGUUUAGACAUAGAAUUGAGCGAACCGACGCCGAGCGGGGUGAUGAAACGCGAGACGUUUAACUGCGAGUUUGAUCGCGCCGGGCUCGUGGAUUUCUUCCGCGACGUGGAGAAGAUACAGACGCAAAUAGAUGCUUUGAUGUAA